UAAACUUUCUUUAGGUCAAAAAACCACAGAUGAGUCUUCAACAUUUUCCUGGUGAACUCGUUCUCUUUAUCUGCUCUCUGCCUGGAUCUGCUAAUCAUGAUGUGAGAUGUAACCUGUACUUUGGAGAAAAAAAACAUCCAGUCCAAACAACAACCAGCUGGAAGAGAAGGGAUUCAAAGAAUCGGCUGUUCUGCCAGUUUACUUUCAGAGUCGAUGACUUUCUAAGACAUUUACAUUUUGUGAAAAGACAUGAUGCCAGCUGUGAUUAUAGUUUGGGAAGUGAACCCGACUCUUCGUCUCCUCGUAGCGAUGGAUACAGCUUGACUGAUAUUGAGGAAAAGGAGAAACGCUUGACACAGACUAUGGUGACAUCUACUAUGACCACAGGAAAGACUGUUAUCAGUUCAUCCACUCCUAUAACUACGACCAAACAAACAUCAGGUCUUACUGUUGAAUCAACAAACACUGGUAGUUUCAUAUCUACAUCCAUAACACCAGUGAAACCAACACAAGGACUUACUGUUGGAUCAAGAUACACCAAUAGUUUUAUCUCCAGAACACCAGUGGAACCUACAACAGGUCAGGCGCCUCAUAAGUCUAGCACCAAAGCUGUUUUCCCAUCUGUGACCCCAGUGAGCCCAUCAUCAGAAACAUGGACAUGGAAGUUGAUAAUAGUUGCGGCUUCUCUGGGAGGUGUUAUCUUACUGGGACUGGCAUUUCUAUUCACCAAAAGAACAUUUGAAAGAUGUGCUGCGCAGAGGACACAAGCCAAUGUCACUGAUGACCUAAUGUGCAUGAGAAAGAUGGACCAUGGAGGAUUGUUACCUGCAGGUAAUGAGGAAGCCUACAGUAUGAUCACCUCAGUACCUGCUGCUGUUUGUCUUACUGGUUCUGAGAAACUGAGCCAGCAAGAGUCUCAAAAUGGGGAUUCUGACAUAUACCAUGUGUACUCCACCAUCUCCGAGGAGCCAACCCCAUCAGCCCUGAAGGACAUGGUGUACAGCACCCUGCAGGCUUAUUAAAUAGAACGCAAACUUCCUGAAGGAUCGCUUUUUGAACCAUGUCCAUUUUUUAAAACUUUUCUUUCAUUAUUUUAUAGUAUCUUAUGAUGUAAAGGGUAUCGAGGUAAUUAAAAUGUCUCAUGUCUGCAAAACAAUUAAAAUUGGAACAUUGAACCACAGAAUCCCUCUUUCCAAGCCAAAGGUAAUAAACAAACAGGUCUUCCAUUUCUUCUCGUCUGUCAGAGUGACCAGCACUGUGGCUGGGGGUUACCUCCCUGAGGCUUUGACUGUAUUUAGUUUGUAUGUGUGUCUUUGUGCAGACAUUUUGUUGUCUCGUCAAAGAUGUUGGUCUUGUCAGGUUUGUUAUUUUUCUCAUCAUGCUCCAGGUCAAUGGUUGGUCAUGUUUCAUGUUUCCUUAAGUCAUCUUUGUCUGGUCUUCCACUUCUUGUUUGAUUCUGGUACUUUUUGGUACAGGUCUCUUGACUCCCUGUGUCAUUGCCCUCGUCAGCGUCAGCCCCGCCCCUGAUUGUUUCCACCUGUUCCCUGUUACCUCAUGUUUAAAUAGUCCUGUCUCCCCUUGUCUUCUGCCAGUUCAUCUUGUUCUGUCCUUGAGUCAGUUACCAGCAUACCAGCGUUUUGUUUCAUGCAUCAGGUCUGUUCCUUGUUCUUGAGUUUUUGUGCUAGUGAUUUUUCGUUCCUUGUUCUGAGUGAUUUUCCAUUGUUACUUUUGAAUACCCUUUUUGUUGUACUUUCUUUGGUAGGAAAUGUUGAUACUCAUACUGAGAGUUUCUGCUGAUACCUUUUGAUAGUUUCUUUUUGCAGUACUUUUUUCACCUCAUCCAGAGUGUUGUCUUUAAUCACUUAUCCUCCUUGUGAGCGCCUAGAAUUCUUCUUGCAUUUUUUUCAAAUAAAGUAUUUGUUAUACUUUAACUCU